AGGGGCCAAAAAUGUAGAAGCAAAACAAAAAAAGAAAAAAGCUCGAUCAUCUACCAGUUCCAUGUAAACAAGAGAGGAACAUGCCGCCGAGAAUAGCCAGAGGUGCCGCCUCAAAAAGAGGUGGAACUGGACGUGGACAACCCGCAACCCGAGGAGGACAACCCGAAACCCGGGGUAAACCCGCAGCUAGAGGUGGCAGAGGUGCAGCUCGGGGAGGGAAACCUGGGGCUAAACCCGCAGCUAAGAAGAAGCCAGAAAAACCAAAAUGGACUGAAGAGCAAAUUGAAUCAGCUUUAAAGAUCCAGAAAGCUUAUCGAGAUUACAAACAACGUAAAAUUGAAGCCGAAGCUAGAAGGAAAAAGGAGGAAAUGGAUAGGCUGAUAGAGGAGGCUGAAAGACAAGCCUGGCUAAAGAUAAUUAAACUCGAAAAAGAGCGGGAAGAUAGAGAGCAUGAAAAAUGGCUCAUGCUAGAACGGGAAAGAAAGGCUCAUUUGAAGAGAAUGAAGAUGAUGCUUGAGAACGCAUUUGAUGGUGAACUUGGGGAGAUUCAGCAAAUUUUACAAGAGGCAACAUCUGACUGGGUAAAGAGUGCAGGAGAGGCCGGACUACAUCCGACUAAGCUCGCUCGUAAAACAAUGGAACUCUUGGAAUGUACAGACGCGAACGAAUACUCGCCGCUAUCUGAGGCGGGUGCUGGUGGCGCUUGUGAGGUUAUCGAAUGGUUGGUAUCUCAAGGUGCAAAUCCUAACAGUAUAGGAAGAUACGGGCGCACACCGCUGUACCGUGCAGCAUUUGCAGGUCACGUGGAAGCGGUGCAGCAGUGUUUACAGUGUGGAGCUGAUCCACGGAUAAAGGCAGAUGAUGGGUGUGCUCCUGUUGAUAUAUCCACUAAUCCCACUAUUAAAGAGAUACUGAAUGAAUGGGAUAUAGCGGACACAGAGCGACUAUUCAACAACCUCCAGUUAGAACAAGAAAAACGAGCAAACGCCCAAGCAGAGUAUGUCCAAAUGAAAUGUGACGCGAUAAUAGAUAAGAUAAAGGAAGCCGAGGAAGAUUUCAAACAAGUUGAGAAACAACUGAUGCACGCCUUCGCGGAGCUUAAUAAGAGGAUAUACGAACACGAUAUGUGUGUGAUUGAGAAGACGAGUCAUGUUGAGGUCACCCUACAAACAGUUCAUGACGCCGAAGACUUGGUCACUGUUCUCAAAGUUAAAGUCGACGAUUCUAGAAGAGCUCUCCAAAUGCUAAGACUACAGCUUAGAGAAGAAAAGAAAGAGAAAGCAGAAACUGAACAAGUUGGAGUGCAAAUAGUGGUUAGGGAGCUAGAGGACGUACUGAUCAGGGAUGUGGGCAACAAGAUCACUGAUGAUGGCAGGUGGCCUUUGAUUAUAGACGAGACCGGCCAGGCAUCGAUAUUUAUCCGGUAUAGUGAUUCGAACUAUUUGAACGCAGUCAAUCCUUCGAAUAUGGAUCCUGAGCGUAUGAGAAUAGCACUGCUGGGUGCAGUACGGUACGGUAAACCCCUUGUUAUUGACCUGAUGGGAUGCGACAUGUUUCACGUUGUUCAGGAUAGAUUUAAUGAAAUAAAAGAAGGUCUGCUAGACUGGGUCCUGGAUAAGACACUUAUUACAGAGGAGAAGUUCAACCAGAUCACUAAAAAGGAGGACGGUCCAGAGUAUGAAGAGAAAAUGUUUUGGGCCCGAAUGGGAGACUUCAAGUUCUGGCUCCUGACCAACAGUGAGCCUGAGCCUGAACUUCUGGACAAGUUCUACGUGAUCAGAGUCAAACCUUCUCCCCCCAAAGAGUGAACUGACUGGUAUUGUCAAGUUCAUGUUGAACAAUUAAAUAUUAUGAUUAUGGACAGGAACAUUAUCAGUGUUAAAGAUAUGAGAGGACUGAAGCUGAUCAGUUAGUUGGCAAUAUACUUUCUCAUUAGGAUUGUUGAUAAAUGGUCAGUUGCAUUUUUACAUUUUAGAGUUAAAAUUUAUUUCUGUUUAAGUUCUUUGAGGUUGCAUAAAUACAAUCUUUCACCUUUGUAUAGUUGUAUGGACAAAUUUAUUGAAUCUGUGUAUAGUAAACAAAUGAAAUGUACAGAAUUUCAUUUUCAGAUUUUUAAUAAAUUCAGCUGUAUUUCGUCGAGAAACAUACAUAACACACAUCAAAUAUCAGUAUCACCACAAUAUAGUUCAUACAAGAUAUUUUUUAAACUAUGGGGGGCAUCAACCUCAUAAAUACCUAUUAUUCCCUCCGAUUUCAAAAUAGGUAUAGGUAUUUAUGUAUAUAUAAUAUUUAUGGUUAUUUAAAGGUUUUGUUGUUUUUUCAGUAUUUUUCCCACUUUUAACAUAUAAUAUAUUCAAUUCUAUAAUAAUAUAUUCAAUUCUAUUCAUAGUGUUAGCUGUUUUAAAGUGUUUUGACUGCAUGAGGGGGUUGAUAUCAAGUUUUAAAACCAAUUUUUUGGGGUUGGUAAAAAUUUGAUUUUUUGCCUUUGUGUACCUUAAACAUGGGUU